UGAACGCGACCAAUGUUCAUUCUUGAUCAUCAUCGAUCUUCCUCGAUUAUCUUUGGUGAUGAGACUGGUGAGACCGGUAAACUAAUUUGAUAACAUGUAAUAACAUUGACAAGUGUUCGAAGUGAGUGUGGCUGAUCACGAUCGAGACGAUAACGUUAUUGCCACAACGAGAAAUAAAGAGUCAGAAACAGCCGGAAUUCUUGAUGCAGAUGCAUCGCGCGCUUUAUAUAAGCCUGAGCUCCAAGAACAUAGAAGAGCAAUCCAUCUAGCGAUCACGAACAAUACACAGAAAAUAAAAAAUAGAACACAACUAUAAGGGACAAAUUUUUUUGAUCGCAAUGGUGCGAGCAUGUUGUGUUCCAGAAUGUUCUUCGGGAAAAAACAUUCCAUCUCAUAUGUUCCCAAAGGAUGCUCAACGCCACAAGAAAUGGUUUGAAAAAUUGAACAUGAAACCAAUAGAGAAUGAAAAUGAAAUUAAAAAGUUAAGAAUUUGCUAUAAGCAUUUUUCUGAUGAAGAUUACAGUGGUUCUUCAUCAAGAAGAGUUUUAUUACAUGCUGCAAUUCCAUCUCUAAAUAUACCGCACAUAGUUUAUAUGAAUGUCAAACAUAGUGAACAACAUACUAAUGAUGAACAGCAGACAUUACACAACUGUAUAAUGCAACAAGAGAGCAAUCGAAAAGUAUUAGCCCAACAUAGUAUGCAAUUGCAAAAGCAAGAAGAAAUAUUAAUGGAGCAGCAAGAAACAAUAAUGCGACAACAAAAUGACAUCGAAAAUAUUAAGAACACAUUGGCUAUGUCAAAUCCAAGACAUAUUCUCGGUAGAAUUACUCGUAAAAAUUUAUUAAGUCCCACUGUUAAGAGACUUUACUCAAACAUUGUUGAAAUGAAGCGAGACAAAAGACAACUAAUGAAACUUGUUGACAAAGCCACAGUAAAAAGUACAACACGUAAAAGAAAUGCUAACAGCAUAGAUAAGGCAAAAUUUUAUUGA